GUCACUCAACAAUAGUUGCGAGGUUACAGUAUUUUAGGUCUAAUUAAAUUUAGAUUUCUAGUAAUUUAUGAUAGGAUUUCCUUAGGAUAUUACUUAAAUAAAUAUAAAAGUAGAUAAUUAUGUACUAGCAGGUAAAAUAGAUGUUUGUACAUAUUUUUAUUCAAGUGUAAAAUACAACGGAUUUACAUCACACAUUGAUAAAAAUAAUCAUGCGAUGACUUAUACUAAUAUUGACUUUAAAGGGUAACUUUUGUCAUGAGGUCGAACAAUAAAAAUACUCUCUUAAAAGUGGUAAUUUUGGGGGACGGAAAUGUUGGAAAAAGUUGUUUAAUGAAUAGAUUCGUAUCCAAUCAAUUUGAUGAACAUUCAUUUCAUACAAUUGGGGUAGAAUUUUUGAAUAAAGAUAUAGAGAUUGACGGGGAAACUUACACUUUGCAGAUUUGGGAUACUGCUGGACAAGAACGAUUCAAAACAUUGAGAACUCCUUUUUAUAGAGGUAGUGAUAUAUGUUUGUUGACUUACGCUAUAGAUGAUAAAUGCAGUUAUAGAAAUUUACAAAUGUGGAAAAAUGAAUUUUUAUAUUAUGCUGAUAUAAAGGAAAACGUUCAAUUUCCAUUUAUAGUAGUAGGAAAUAAGUCUGACGUAUCUGCCGAAGAAAGGGAAGUAUCUCAAUUAGAACUUGAAACAUGGUGUAACGAAAAUUCGAUAACAUCAUUUAUAGAGACAUCAGCGAAAACUGCGAAUAAUGUACAAGAAGCUUUCAAAAUGGCAGUUCAACAUUGGCUGAAACUGGAAUCGAGAGCAGACAAAAUUGAUGCGGUUGUUAACGAUACUGUGGAUUUGAGAAAAAAGCAGUCGGAUAAUAGGAUUUCCUGUUGUAUUGGAUCCGGUGAUGAGUAGCUAUUAUAAACAGGUUGGAGAAUGUCCACAUCAAAAAGGAAUUAUUUGAUGUAUCUGUCAAUAUUUUUCCUUUCUACCAAGGUCUCAGCAAAUGUCGAUGUUUUAGAUUAUAGGAAAUUUUCAGUCUAACAUUGUUAUUAUUGUUUAACAAUAAGAAUUGUUACCUUUUUUUUAUUUAGUAUUGACCAGUAUUGUACGUUUCUAGCCAAAUAUUUUUUUAUACCUAAGAUAUAACCCAGUGAGCCAAUUAUAUUUUUUAUUUUUUAGCACCAAAAGAAAAUUUAGUUUUCAAAUUGUACAUGUGCACUCCAUCGAACUUUACCCUGACGUCACACUCAACAAAAACACGAAACUUUUUCAAAACGAAGUGGCUAUUUGAGUAUCUUAUCAUAGAAUAUUUUUGGAAUGUCUAAGCACCAUUUUUUCCAAGCUUGUUACUCUCCUUUCAAUUGUGCUCAAACAAGUAAUUCCCUAUCUUACCUCGCUACCCCGUCUUACUUCUUUCUUCCCCUAAUCGUGAUUCAUUAAGCUCAGUUGUCCUCCACCAGUUUCAGUACUCCCUUAAGGUUUUUCUCUCCAAUAUUUGAAGACCAUCUUCUUCCUUCCUUGAUAGGCACAUGGUUUUUGGAUCCACUGGUCUAAUUCCUGUUCUGUAUUUUCUCAACUUUGUGCUUAGCUCUUAACUGCUCAAAAAGCCCCAAAGAAACCGAUGAAAAUAAUAAAUUGCUAAAAUAAAUAUUGAAACUCACUUGACUCAAAUUCAUAGGAAAACACAUAAUCAAAAUAUUGCGGGCUACACAACAUUCAUUUGAAGAUGAAAUUUUUCAAAAUUAACGAAUUUUACAAAAACUGUUAUUUCAUAUUUGUAUGAUCUGGUGUUAAUGAUCUCCAAGUAACAUAGCUGCUAUGAGGAGAGUUAAGUUUUAGGACUGUACAAUUUAUCCCAAAAUAUAAUUGAAAUGAAUAUAUAAAAUUCACUCAUCUCAGAUCAUAUUUAGUUCAUCAAGAGUUCAGGGAGGUCUCUUCAGCUUCGUUGACCAUUUUCCUUUUUUAGUACAGGAAACCGUCAUGUCAAAAUGCAACAUUGCAUCUCAUGAGAACGAAACGGAAAAGAAAUAAUUGCGGCAACGUUGAACAUAACCGAUUUAAAUGCCCGAAGCCGCUUUAGAGAACAUUAUAAUUUAUCCCAAAAUAUGUUUACUGUUAGUGACGUCAGGAUAAAGAUAGAUUUAUUUGACUGUAUGUAAUAUUCCUAUAUUGUUAGCGCCUCUAAGUGAGACAGCAAAUGUCUGUUUCAAUUUUUUACCCCCCUUUUCUCGAAGCUCAUAAUCCAGUUACGGUUAAUAUUUAAACCACCGCUACAAACAAAAGUGCUCUUGUGGGUUCAUUAAAAGCCCUUCCAAGAGUUCACCUUCUUACCUUUUUUGGAGUAUAUAACUAUUCCAUUUAGCUAUUAGUUUAUAAAUGAAAUAAAAAUAUAAACUAGAAUCAACAAAAAAUGGAAUUAACAAAAAAUAUGAAGAAGAAAAUAGCAUUAAAUUAAAUAAAAUAUGUUUUCGCUUUUCUUCGAAUCACUAUCUUGAAAUUAAAUUAACCCGUGAGCACUCGCGCCUUUAGUACUUAAACGAGUACUUGUGCGUAGAGCAUUUUUUUCACCUUUUACAAAAAACCAAAAAGUAGAUGAAUUAUUCAUAUACUGUUAAUAUAUAAUAAAAUAAUGGCAUAAAAUCAAAUAUUUAUUUUUAAUGUAUAAAAUUCGUUAUACUACAAUGUUUUAAUAACAAACUUAGUGAAAUAAAUUGGCAUUUUUCAAUCGCACUUUUGUUAUAAACUAUAGAAAAAAUAACCUUAAUCGCGAAAAUAAAGGAGUAAACAGUAAAACAUUAAUCUUCAUCACACGUGUUUCAUUUUCUAAUGAUUCUCGUUCCCAGCGUGAUAAAUUUAUUUGUUGAAAAUGAUGGACACAAGUCACUGUGAGCCCCUCCCUCCAAUAUGUUUCAGAUUUAUGUUGGUGUUAAUCUUUCUUUAAUCAAACAUUAUUGAACAUGAUGGACACAAGUCAAUGUCAGCCCCUCCCUCCAAACUGUUUUAGAUUUAUGUUGGUGUUAAUCCUUCUUUAGUGAAAAAUUAUUUAUAAUGAUGGUCACAGUCACUGUCAGCCCCUUCCUCUAAUCUGUUUUUGAUAUAUGUUUGGGUUAAUCCUUCUUUAUUCAAAAUAGCGAAAAACUCAAUUUGAUAUAUAUUUCAAGUGGUCAUUCGAGUUCUACUAUAAUAAAAUGGAUCGAAGCAGCAAGUUGAAACUUUGUGUAAAGCUUGUUGAGAAUUGUUACUGACGCGUGCAUAAAGAUUUCUGCGAACGCACUCUAGUUGUAAUGAGGCCAAGAACUUAUUGACCUAACUACGAGAAAAUUCCGCAAUAUGUGAUAUUCGCUUACGAUAUAGGAGUAGUUGUAACAAAUAGUUUAUAAGUAGUUAUUUAUUUAUGCAUUUUAUUAUAUUUAUGAAAAUUCGUAUAUAUAUAAAUAUAAAAAAAAACUAAUGAUAAGCUUCAUGUGCAGCAAAUAAUUACUAGUGCUAGAUAAAUUUGAUUACAAAACGAUAAUUGGUAGAUGCACUUACCAUCAUAAAUAUCAAGUAUUAACUUAACUAUUAUAAAUCAUGCAUUUUUAUAAUCCAAUUUAAUCUUUGUUUUACCUAGAGGGUGCUAGUUACACACUUCGUACCGAAUAAUGUUUUUGCUUUCCUUGUUCACGUUUCCUUCAUCCAUUUGUUUACUAUCCGGAAAAGAGAGAUAUAAUUCUUAAACUGAGGAGCUCCUAAUAUUUUCAAAAAACUUCAUUUUUUAUGAAAGUUAACGAUACAAAAUCCAUGUUGGCUUUAAGGGGAAACAAAAAAUAUCAUUGAAAUCAUUGUUAACAGCCUUGCAACAGUCAGAUUGAUAAUUCCUCAUGAAAAUUGUCAUUCUGAAGUAGAACAAGAACGAGAAAUAGCUCGAAGAAUCGAUCACGAAAAGUUGUGUCGAAUUAUUACUUCAAUUUAUUUGAUUAAGUACGUCAACCAAAAAACAAAGUGAAUGCAAUUGAUAAUUGUAACCAAAAAAAAAAUCAAAUAUAGUUCUUGAAUAACGCAAAAAUUUUAUUCAGAACCUUAUUGUCGAAGCGUAAUAAUGUCUUCAACUAAGAUUAAAAAAACAAGAGAGCUCAAUUCUACCCAGCAAAUCCAUCAUUGUUUGAUACAUGUAACCUUAGAGGCUUAAUAGUUGUUAGCUUUCAACAAGUUAAUUGCAUAUCGAAAUCAUGACUUGUGAUAAUGACAAAUCUAUAAAACAAUUGAAAAGUUCGAAAUGAAUUAAUAAUCGAUAUAAAACUUUCACAAUUCUCCACUGGUUGCGAUUCUGUACUUUUGCGCUCCAAUUUGGUUCUACCUCUCCAAUAUCUUUCAAAACUGCAUCCAACCAUUCUAUGUUUGGUCUUGCACUCCUUGUACUUCCUCUUCUUCAAUGGCCAUUUUUGCAAAUAUUUUUCCCGGCAUCCUUUUAGUAUGGCCCAACCAUCUUACUCUUUGGGCUUUUAUGUAUCUUGUUAUUGAUGGGCUUUUAUACUUCAGGUCGGUUUUGUCGUAAGUUUGGUACAUCCUAUAUUACAAUUUUAUCACUUUUUCCACGUUCUAACUAUGUUGAAAUAUAAUAUUUAGUUAUAUACGUUGUACAUGAAUCUUAUCCGUCGAUUUACAACUAAAAGCAAGUUUAUCAUGUGGGCAAAUGAUGUAGAUAUUUAUACAGUGUGCGGGUAAAGUAAUGAAAAAUAAAUCUUACGCAAACUCUGUAUAAUCGAUAUAUAAUUUUAGUGAAGUACUCGUGCCGCGUAGAACUUUUUUCUUAUCAAAAAUCCAACAUUUUAGCUUAAAGCACACACACGUACCGAUAUUUGUACAUAGUAAUAGCUAUAUUAGCUUUUGUACUGCAAUGUGUCUUAUAUGUAAUAAACAUUUCCUAAAAAAUUAUUUUGAUUUACUCAACUCCGUAUCUUUUUAAUUGUAUAUGAGCAACCACAACUUGUUCAAAUCUAACACAUCAUUCAAUAAGUCGUGUGACUAACUAAGAAACCCACAAAAAAUCGAUUUUAUUCCCCAAUGUAAUCUUCUUGGAAAGCAAUACAAUCAUCCCAACGCUUCUUUAACUUCUUAAUACCAGUAGAAGGUUUGUCUCAAAAUAGGCUUUAGUUUCAGUAAUUGCUUCUUCAUUUGAGGUGAAUUUCUUUCGACGAGCAUUUUUUAAGCUCAGCGAAUUGCCAAUAAACAUUGGGGGGCCAGAUCUGGACUAUACGGUGGAUAGGGAAGCAUUUCGAAAGGUAAUUCGUUCAAUUUAACCAUCGACUUGUAAAUCGGUGUAUCGUCUUGUUGAAACAGUGGUUUUUGUCAUCGACAUAUGAUGUCGUUUUUUCUUGAUUUUUGCAUUAACCCUUAGACCGGAACAAUCUCGCCAUCUCUUUCAAGAAAAACACAGGUCUGAGAAACCGGUAGUUUCACCGGUUUACACUAUUGUCAAUGGCUUCUCCUCGACAGCAAUAUUAUCAUAAUUCAUUAAUUUUGAACAACUUUUAAAUCUAAUAUUCCUCAUAUGAAAAUGUUUUUUAUAUUAUAUACUUUCAUAUACUUUCUACUGACCAAUGUACUUUUUAUCACAAUUUAAACAAGUUAUUUCAUAUACUAUGUUGGGCAAUUUAUUGAUUGGUGUUUUAUCUUUUACUUUAGUAAAAAUAAAUUGUAAUUGACUGUAUGCUAUUUUAAUAUUGUGUUUAAAGAUUCCAGAAAGUUUA